AUGAUAUUCAUUCAUUUAUUACUAAUGGUUGUAUUUUCCUCUUUUUCAAUAGGUAUUCCAGUUGAAAAACGUGUUGAUACUACAUGGAAUGAUGCUUUUCAAACCACUUUAAAUGCCAUGUGGUCAGUAUUUUGGAAUGAUCAAAAUCAAGGAUUUACAUUUGAAGAUCCAUCAUGUCCAGGAGCAACUUAUACUGAUGCAUCAGUUUGGGAUGUUGCAGUUGCUGGUAAAGCAAUAACUAAUUCUGGAGAUAUUUCUAGAAUAAAUCAAGUUAUUACUACAUUAUAUCGAUAUCAAAAUGAACAAGGUUGGUUUGCUAGUCAUCCUUAUGGUCAAGAUGUUUAUGUUGAUGAUAAUGCUCAAGUUCUUUGGGUUUUCUUAGAUGCUUUUAAAUUGACACAAAACCAACAAUAUUUAACAACGGCAAUUAAUCUUAUGCAUUUGAUUCAAACACAAUGGUCUAAUGCUGGAGGAAUAAUUUGGCAAGUUGGUGAUGAUUAUGUUGCUAGUAUUUCAACCACUGAAGCUGCUUUAAGUGCUGUUAAAUUAUAUGAAUAUAAUUCUGAUGAAUCUUUAUUAACUUUUGCAAUUAGUUGUUUAACUUGGUUAGAUGAACAUUUAACUGAUCCCAGUGAUGGGUUUUAUUAUGAUGGUUUAGAUAGAAAUAAUUUUCAAGUUAAUAGAGGAAAAUUAACAUAUACUGUUGGUGUUGCUAUGAGUACUUAUGCGUAUCUUUAUAAAUAUUCCGGUGAUUUACAUUAUGUAUUAUCUGCUGUUAAAAAAGCAUGGGCUUCAUUAAAUUCUGAUGUUUUUCUAAGAAGUAAUUCAUAUUGGAAUAAUGAUUUAAAAUAUCUUCAUUUAUUAUUUGUUGGAUUUGCUGAUGUGAUUAGUUUUUGUGGACAAGCAGGUUAUAUUCCCCAUAUAACUAAACAAGGAUUAUUCAUUUAUCAAUAUGAUGCUAUUGGUGAUGGUCAUUAUAUGGAUUUUACUAGUAAUUUAAUCACUUAUGAUAAUUAUAUCAAUGCAACAAGAGAUAGAAGUAUUGCAUAUGAACCUGAUAAUGAUAUGUAUUGUUCAAAUGGUAGUGGUCAAUUAAGAAGAAAUUUGUUAAAUGAUGCUUCAGCAGCACAAAUUUUCUAUGAAAUCUCAAGAGUUACUCCAUGA